GGGCUAUGCGAAAUUAUUCUCUCUUCCUUCUCGCUGUGUUUAUUUUCCGCUCACAAACUGCUAUUUCUCAUCCGCUUAAUCGAAGUUCGGCAUUGCUCAAAACUAGGCGAUUCGAGUUUUCACCGCUGUUUGGCCCCACUCCCGUCUCUGAUAGCAGUCUGCUAUCUUCCACUUCAAGAUUCGAAACUGAUACAGGAAAACUGAACCCAACAACGACUUCAGUGGUGAAGACGAUGAAACACACUCUGUAAUUGGCACGCUUCCUCCGCUUCCUAUCACGUUUAGUACUUCGCUUGCGACCACAACCAAUGUCCUAACGUCGUCAAGUAUGUCUUCGUAUUUCGAACCAACGGCCUCGCCUACGAACUAUGAUAACUCGCUCAGUUCUAUAUCUAUCCACGGAGACAAGGAAUGGAAAGUAAUCGGAGUCGGGUUGAUUGUGAUCGCGUCAAUUGCAAGUAUGAUUCUUUUGACUGUUUUUUUCGAGUCCUGGUGGGGAUUUGUGAGAGAUAUGUGUGGUAGGAAGAAUUCUGGACGAGGCGUAGAAGAGAUGAUCCUUGAUUCUGAAGAAAAAACGUGGCAACUAAACUUAUCGAGUCAAGAUGGACAUCGGUAUCCUUCCGCCACUUCAAUGGACUCGAUGAAGACUCAUCAAACGCAGAAGACAAAAUCGCCAUAUCCAUACCCUAUUACGCCCAAGCCGCUCUUCCAGCCUCCUUCAUAUUUUCGACCUACAUGCGAUCCGCAUCCCCUAGAUCCACUAUACCGCCGCCCUAGUGUCAGGACGCCGGUCAUCAAAUCGCCCAGUAUGCUCCCCUACUCCUGAUUUUCUCUGUAACCAACACUGCUAUCGUGUACUGUUUAACUCAAUUUCCUUCCAUGGCAAGCUGACGCCCCGGAAUUUCUAUGGCUGUAUUCUGAGUACUAUACUGUGUGGUUGCAUGUAACAACGGUUGAUUGAAUAAACUCGUAUAGUAU